AUGGACACGGUGGUCUCCUCCAUGGACCCGGGUCAAAUUACCGUCGUCGCCAUCGGGUGUGGCAUAGGUGCUUUGCUCGUCGGUUCCGUAGGUAUUGGUGGCGUCGUCAUGACCCCAUCUCUGUUAGUCGCCGGAGUGGAAGCGAAAUUGGCCAUCGUGUCCUUAUUCGUCGCGUUCACACCAACCGUGUACGUGCGAGUGUACCUUUUGCACAAAUACACGAAGUGCGUGCCGUGGAAAUGUGGUCUCAUCGUCGGGUGCGGGAGCGCGUUAGGGUCUAUCUUAUCUGGCGCGCUUUUACUGGACUCGUCUCCUAGAGGCGUGUUGACGUAUUUGAUCGCCGCGAUUAGUUUAUUAGCUGGGUUUAGAGAUUUAAGAGGGUUGUACGUGUUACACGCGGCGAAGAAGAAACGGAUGUUGGAGGAGGUGGAGAUGUCGGCUGGAGUCGAAGCGCCGCCACAUGCAGAAGGAGAAGAGCAGAGUCAACGAACAGUAGAAGUAGUAGAUAAAGAUGCGUACGAGAACAUGACUGUUCUCGAACAGUGGUCGGAUCCCACGCGUAUAGAUUUAGUCAUUCUGUUUAUCAUCGGCGUGUUGGUCGGUUUAAUCAGCGUUUUGACCGGCACCGGUGGACCGAUUACGUUCUUGCCCAUGGUUAUCAUGUGGAAAGGUGAAAUUGUUCACCGAAAAGUCCUGGUCGCUUUAAGUGCGGUUAUGAGCGCCGCGUUGGGUACCGGUGCGAUUAUCAGCACGUUGGCAACUGGCAUCGAUCAACCCGACGGUGGGUUGUGUUUGUUGAUCACUAGUUUCGCGUUAAUCGGAGUGUGCAUCGGCGUGAGGCUCUCGGGAUGGGAUUGCUGUUACUUGCUAUUGGCGGGUUCAUACUGCACCAAGCAAUAA